CACAUACACAGCGGUUGUGCAAGGAGCGAGUGCAUGAAGUUUUUUUGUUUGGGCUUUUGUCUUGGAACGUGUCCCUGCGAUAACGACAACAUUAAACCGUGCUGCUGCUCUCAGUCUGACCCGGCAUGUCUCAGGAUAGUCAACAUGGCAAGUGGACCAUCUCCAGCAGUGAUGAUGAUGAUGAGGACCUUCCUCCUUCAGGGAGGUCCUCAAAUAUAAAUAAUAACUCCCAUCAGCCUAAAUCUUCUCCUGCCUCUACACCAGAAGCGGUAAGAACCACUGUAGAUAUAAAACCAGAACCAGCUAAAACCCCUGUGUCCUCUCUUGUCAUCGGCUCUGAAGCCAGACAGGCGGCUGCAAUGAACCAGUUAAAUCCAGUGAAGCUUGAAUCUAGUCCAUCACUGACCGGAAAGCGGAAGAAAGAAGUGUCAGAAGGCUCGGGCUGGGCUCUGUCUGAUAGUGAUGAUGAUGACGAAAGUGUUAAGGGGAAGAGUCUUAGUAGUGUCCCAAAGAAGGCUCCACCCAGUCCCAAAGCAAAGAAGGUGAAGGUGGAGAACGAGCGUCCGCCAAGUCCCCACGGGCGGCUCUACUACAUCGAUGAGCCGGAGGACUUCUUUGAAUCCAGCGUCCCCUGUCUGAAUGACACCUACAGGUUUUACCUCAAUAAGGUGACGGGGUUGGACAAGAAGUACAACAGCGGAGCUCUGCACAUCAGAGAUAUCCUCUCCCCAUUAUUCGGAACCUUGAAAGAAUCAGUUCAGUUUAACUACUGCUUUGAUAUUGCCUGGAUGGUUCAGCAGUACCCCCCAGAGUUUAGGACCCGUCCAGUUCUCAUCGUCCACGGGGAUAAAAGGGAGGCCAAAGCCCGGCUCGUCCAACAGACUCAGCCCUUCCCUCAUGUCCGACUGUGCCAGGCGAAGCUGGAUAUUGCUUUUGGAACUCAUCACACGAAGAUGAUGUUGCUGUGGUAUGAGGAAGGCUUCAGGGUCAUCAUUUUGACCUCUAACCUGAUCAGAGCUGACUGGUACCAGAAAACACAAGGGAUGUGGAUGAGCCCUCUGUUUCCACGGUUACCAAAGGGCAGCGGCAGUAGUGCAGGUGAAUCCCCGACCUUCUUCAAGAGGGAUCUGCUUGAAUACCUGGCGUCGUAUAGAGCACCAGAACUGGAGGAGUGGAUCCAGCGAAUCAAAGAGCAUGACCUCUCAGAGACCAGGGUGUAUUUGAUUGGUUCAACUCCAGGGAGGUAUGUUGGUUCGGAUAUGGAGCGCUGGGGCCAUCUGAGGUUGAGGAAGCUUUUAAAUGAACACACAGAUCCUAUUCCUGGUGACCAAAGCUGGCCUGUGAUUGGCCAGUUCUCCAGCAUCGGCUCCAUGGGAUUAGAUAAGACCAAGUGGCUAGCGGGGGAAUUUCAGCGCACCCUGACCACAUUAGGAAAGUCGUCUGUUCGCUCAGAGCCGCCCAUUCACUUAUUAUAUCCAUCUGUAGACGAUGUGAGAACAAGUUUGGAAGGGUAUCCUGCUGGUGGAUCUCUUCCCUACAGCAUCCAGACAGCUCAGAAACAGGUCUGGCUUCACUCCUACUUCCAUCGAUGGAAGGCAAACACAACGGGAAGGACUCACGCCAUGCCACACAUUAAGACGUACAUGAGGGUGUCGCCAGAUUUCACUCAGCUUGCCUGGUUCCUCAUCACAAGUGCCAACCUGUCCAAAGCAGCGUGGGGUGCCCUGGAGAAGAACAACACCCAGGUGAUGGUCCGUUCAUAUGAGCUGGGAGUCCUCUACCUGCCCACUGCCUUUAACAUGAAGACCUUCCCUGUUCACAAAAAUCCAUUUCCUGUCUCCUCGUCCUCCACUGGAUUCCCCGUGCCCUUUGACCUCCCUCCUACAAGCUACUCUGCCAAAGAUCAGCCUUGGAUCUGGAACAUUCCGUACACUCAGGCUCCUGACACACACGGCAACGUCUGGGUUCCCUCCUGAACACUCGCAUAUCUCUACUGUAAAACAUUUGUCCAUAGUAAUGUGAUUAGAUGAUAGUUACCCCUAACAUUUUUUAUGUUUUAUACUGUCCUGUAGACUCACAUGAUUUGUAUCAUUAAAUAAAAGUAUGUUAACAUGUU